UUCCUCCCAGGGUCACGUUGCUCUUUUUCUCAAUUCCCUGUCUCCACCACAACGGACCUGACUACUUCUAAUCUUUCUCCACCUCAAAAAGAUCUCUUUCAACUCCUGGAACAAGCAGUUUUCCCCAACUAUCUAAAAACAUCCUUAAAGGGGCCAAACUGAAAUUUCACGAAGACCAGACUUUGUCGGUCUCUCUUCCUUCUCCACGGACCUAGAAACUUUUUGUCCUCCCCAGCCGGCCUCCACGGUGGGAUCAGACACCCAGCUCCUUCGCUCAGCGAGGACGGUGGAGAGAAUCAUGCCCUCUGACUUUCUAACGCCUUUCCUGGAACUGGAUGAGGAGUUCUGCAAGAAUUUCCGCGGCCUGGAGGCGACAGAUGGCUCGCCUACCACCACACAGCAGCAACGGCAGCAGCACAGUCUGAGGGUCCUGGGCUUCCAGCGUCGGCAUUCUCUCUGCCCCGUGACCCUCCCCAACUCCAAGUUCAACGACAACAGCAGCAACAGCAGCAGCUCUGAGGUGACUGAGUCAGCCUGCUGGGGGCUCAACAUGGCCCCCACCCCGCAAUGGAGCAGGGAGGGUCAGCUUCCCCGCUCCUCGCUCAGCCACAUCCCCUUCAGAGUCGACCGCUCGGUCAGCAUGAUCGAGGGCAACGUCAGCAUCUUGGGAGGCAGAGAGGACAAAAUGGCUAAUGUGUCCCCGCCGCUGCUGCUCCCUCCACCAGGCCUCUGUCUAAGCAGCACCUCUCUCUCCUCUGUUGCUUCCCCCUCUGCCUCCAGACCCCCGGCCCCUUCCCCUCACAUCUCCACCCGCUACAAGACCGAACUCUGUCGCACCUAUGAGGAAAGCGGGAUCUGCAAGUACGGCACCAAGUGCCAGUUUGCCCAUGGCAUGGACGAGCUGAGAGGCCUCAGCAGGCACCCCAAGUACAAGACAGAGCCAUGCCGCACUUUCCACACGAUAGGCUUCUGUCCAUACGGUGCCCGCUGCCACUUCAUCCACAACGCUGAUGAGCUCCAGGCUGACAACGCCGCUGCACCUCCUCAGAAACAGAAGCUGAGGCCUCCUCUGCUGCGCCACAGCUUUAGCUUUGCAGGCUUCUCCUCCUCUCCACAGACUUUCCAACCAGUCGAGGAGUCGCAUCCUUCCUCCCACCUCUUCGCCCGGGCCUCCUCUGUCUCCCCUUCUCCAUCCUCCACAGGCAGCCCAGAUCUCCUCUCCCCUCUCUUCCCUGAGCCAGGUGCACUGAAGCAUUCCUCCUACCCCUUCUCUGGUAUCACCGACCUGGCAGGAGACGGUGGUGAUUCAGCCCUGCGCUUCUACGCAGUGACCGAUUCUGUCAGCGCCAGGUGUCCCACCUCUACCUUCACCUCCAAAAACCCAAACCUCCCAUACCACCUUCCCCAGCAGCUGCCGGUUUCCCUCAAGCCCCCCCCUGGACUUCAGCGCUGUUCCUCGGCUGACUCCCUCUCUGAGGAAGGCUACACCUCCUCCUGCUCCCUCAGCUCUUCCUCCAGUGGCACAGAGUCACCGAGCUUCGAAGGCCGGCGUCUGCCCAUCUUCAGCCGGCUGUCUGUUUCAGACGAGUAGAAGGGUUUUACCAUGGGGCUGAAUUUAAUCAGGGAUAGAUGCCCUAAUUGUUUAACUCUAUGUGACCAGAAUCUGAUGUUGGUCUUUUGUGGCCCACUCUAAAAACAAAAGAGCAAUAUAGGGUCAGUUUAGAGUUCAGAUACAAGUUGCAAAGGAUUAAAACAAUAGGUUUUUAUUUCCUUCCUAAAUCCAGCUGGUAAACGUACCUAACUUUGUGCAUAUUGCAUUUCUCAUCCAAGCAGUUGUAGCGCUGCUCAGUGUUCGUCCAGUUUUAGCUGACUUCUCUCUUUGUUUUAUUGUUAUUUUUUGUUAUUUUGAAAUGCCAUUGUUACUGCUGUAUACUGUUGUAUACCCAUUAUUAGAGAAUACCUGGAGGGUACUUCACUUAGCUAUCCCUGCUCAGUGGGAAGUUCUGUGUGAGAAUUUCCUGUACCCUGACUUUAGGAUUUUAAGAUAAGUGCCGUUUGCCCUAUGUAUGACUGGUGUGCUAUCCACUUUUUUAAUAUAGCAAUGUUGUUUUUUACAGAUCUUAUUUCUUAUCUUCUUAUCUUCUUCAGUGAUGCCAGCCUGCAGCACUUCUCCAGUCAUAUUUAGGGCUCUCCGACUGUAUGAAACCAACCUCUUAUCCACGAGUAAGAGGGUUAAAUAACUGUAUGCUGUCACUGAUUUAUUCAUUGGUUGGUUGUAUGGCUGUGGCCACUUGAUUGUAUUUGUCAGCCAAUUGAACUGCCUGGCAAGGAUUCGGCUAAACUGCCUUAGCAACAACAAAAAAUAGCACAAGUGUAGGCAACCCACUGACUCUCUCUAGUUACCAAAGUUGACGUUAGAUUUGCCCUAACCUACUAGUACUGUUAACACCUAGCCUAGCCAUUAGCCAUGACAGGUAAUACACAGUGUCGAUGAUUAUUAUUAUUAUAGCUUAACACUUUUCUAGACUUAUUUAUUGCUUUGUGUAUAAUUUGUUGUUUGCUUUGUGAUUGUGUUUAUGCAUUUUUUGUAAUACCAGAGAAAUGAUGCUUUAUGUAUGCAUUCAUGAUGUCCGUUACGCCACCCAGUAGCUUUAAAAAGGCUCGCGGAGAGGAGAGGAAAGGAGGAAGAAAAAAACAUUUUGGCAUUCUAUAUGUAUGUUGCCUUAUUGGCUAUUAGGCCUGGCAGAAAUCAGGACUCACUGGAUUUUCACAUUAAAAGCAGUCUGAACUUUAGUGAAACAUUCUCUGUCUGUAGCGUGAGCGCUACUUCCUGCGGUUGCUGUGAGCAUACAGUGAGUCUACUCUCCUCUCCAUCAAGCCUCACCCCUCUGACUCUAAUAACAUUUCCCCAAUUCUUUAGUGCUGUUAUCUGAAUACAAAGCAAAACGAUGGUGAAAGAGGCGCACGUUCAUGGCCUCAGUGUGCGUCAGAAGUAUACAAAUGUGGGUACACUAUGACCAUCAGUUUAGGAGCUACACAGCCAUCAAAAGAAAGAAAAAAAACUGUUAAUGAUAGAACAGUGUGAAUGUGUGUGUGUCGGGACUGCUGUAUUACUGCAUUGUGGUGUUAGUGUGUGGAAAUUCCUACCUGUUUAAAAUCCUGUGUGCUCUCUUCUUCUCUUGUGAUGUAAACAAACAGGUGAAAAGGUGACCUUUGUUUAUAGUUGAUGUUUAUCUAUCAGAGUUGCCUUGACGACAAUGUGUUUGUAGGUUGACCUCUGUUGCACGCUAGCUAGCUAGCUAACUCUCUGAGCGGCGGGUGAAAUCAUGCGAGUUCAGAUGAAUCCAGGCAAGACUUUGUUUGUUUUUGUCAUGAAAUCGACUCAUCCUGCCCCGAUGAGUCCGGAGACGCUCGUUGCUUGUUGCUGUAGCUCAUCGUUAGCUUGACUGGACAGCAAGCUGUUUUUGUAACUUUUGUUAACUUAAAGUCUUAUUUAUUUUGUUUUUCAAAGCAAAACCUAUAUUGUGUUGUUUGAUAUUGAUUUUGUUUUACAUAAUUUAAGUGCAUUUAUUGUUUACAUUCCAUGGGGUUAUGUUGAUAUCCUAGCUCUUUAUCUUAAUAUAUUUG